GGCCAGUUGUAAUGAACAUCUGAGAAGAGAGCACAGGAGUCUGUGUGUGGGUUGGAUUGGCAGCGUUACAGAGGGGUCACGCAGACACGGUGGUGUGUAUUCUCGUCCCUGCUGGUCGGGGUACGAGUCGGGAGCUGGUCUCCCCAGACAGAUCCACUUUCUCUUCUCACUAUUUCUAAUACAGGACAAUGAGCAAAAUGCAGCUGGCUAUGGAGGAUUAUCAGGGCUCCGCCAGGCGGGAAUUGAUGGUGGAGGUGCAGGGAUACGUAAAGGAGUUUACACGACAUUCCAAUGAUGUUCUGCUCAAUUUGAAUGAGCUACGGCAUCGCAAUAUCCUGACUGAUGCCACACUUACGGUGGGCAGUGCCCGGCUGCACGCCCACUGUGCAGUGCUCAUAGCAUGCAGUGGCUUCUUUUAUUCCUUGUUCUCCCGCAACAAGACCAGUGCUGUGGGAGAACAAGGGGUUUCCCUGUCUCUGCCAGAGGGGCUAGAAGCGGGCAGUGUGGCAUUGCUGCUGGACUUCAUGUACACCUCCCGCCUUCCUCUCAGCCCUGGCACUGCUCCUGGUGUGCUCGCUGCUGCCACCUACCUGCAGAUGGAGCAUGUUGCUGACACCUGCAGAGCCUUUUUACAGAAGAGUGAAAAUGUAUGUGUAAGCCCACCUCUGGUGGACCUGGCAUCCAGAAGCCCCCAAGUAACUUUUACAGUGAUUCCGGGUGGCAGAUCACCUCCAACUCAUCCGUCGUUCUCCUCGUCCCCUUCCAGACCUGCAGUGGAUAUGAAGGAGCCCCGCCCUGCCCGAGCUAGGGUUCCUGGAGAGAGCACGACCUUAGUAGAGCCAGUGACAUGCCAAAGUCCUGCUCUCAGCUCUGAAUCACCAGCCCUAUCUCCAAACACUCCAUCUCCAGGCAGUCCCUGUCAGUCCAGAGGUCAGCCAAACUCACCUGCUGAGUCCAGUGGUUGUAGUCUUUCCCCUAAACUAAAGCCACGUUCUGAAUCCAGACCUACCCCUGACCCCAAGGCCUGCAACUGGAAGAAAUACAAAUAUAUUGUCCUAAACCCUCUCUGUGCUACGCCCAUUAAAGAGGAAGGUCCAGGGGAGGAGCUGCACACUUUUGAUCACUCCUCCUCCUCUAAUGAUAGGGCAGAUGUAACACCCAAACAGUCUAAUGAGGCAUGGUCAACUACUGGACAUGGGCUGAAUGAUUCACAAACACCCUUUAUGGCCUACCAUGGACUCUCACCACACACAGCAGACACUUACAAGGGACCACCUGCAGCUGUUAUCCAGGAUACCAGAGACCUCUGCCCUCUGUAUCCGCACCCAUGUCCUCCUGUGAUUGACUGUGCCAAACAGAAUACCCAUCCUUUUGGGAAGCUUCCAGUUAAACUUGAGAAUCACUCCCCAGUGAUUUGCUAUUCAGGAAAUCAAGGGACCACAAAGCCCAACUGCUCAGAAAAACCAUACCAUUGUAAUGUGUGUGGGGCCCAGUUUAAUCGUCCAGCUAAUUUGAAGACCCACUCCCGCAUUCACUCAGGAGAGAAGCCAUAUCGCUGUGACACCUGUGGUGCUCGAUUUGUCCAGGUGGCUCACCUGCGUGCCCAUGUUCUGAUCCACACUGGGGAGAAACCUUACCCAUGUCACACCUGUGGAACACGUUUCCGUCACCUGCAGACACUGAAGAGCCACCUGCGCAUUCAUACAGGGGAAAAACCAUACAGUUGUGAGAAGUGUGAUUUGCGUUUCCGUCAUAAGAGCCAGCUGAGGCUACAUCUGAGGCAGAAGCAUGGUGCUGUUACCAACACCAAAAUCCGAUAUAAAGUCCUGGCUGAUCCAUACCAGACUAGACCAACUAUACUGCAGGCCUCCUGAAGAAGCUAAGAAUCUGAUGUAAAAUGUCCUGGCAAGAUUUUAGGGUCUGAUUUAAUGUCUUCUAAUAUUCCAUAUAUGUUUAAUUAUACCCAGAUAAAUACCAGGUAAACACUCUGUAACUUCUGAUAUUGGGAAAGGCUUACAAAAUUGCCGCAAAUGAAAUGAAAUGCAUGGAACCUACUACUAGGCUUUUAUGCUUAUUUUACAAAAUAAGGUGGAGUAUUGCAUUCCUGAAAAGCAUAUAUACAUCACAACUCCUUCCAGGAAUGCUGUUCUCCUGCACUAGAUGUGCUGACUUUUAUUAACAAUCAUACUUUUAUACUUUAUUUAUUUGCCUGGCUUAGUGUUCUCUUUCUUGCUUGUUUUUUAUAUGCUAUCUGUGAAAAAUAAGAAAGGAAGUGAAGAUUAAAAAAAAAAGACCAAAAAUCUCUCAAAACUGGAAACAUUUCAAUUCAGUAAAAAGUAAUGCCUAAAGUAAUAUAAAUGGUUUCUGGCAGGGUGUGUUAGGAGUUUAGAUGGAUAACAAAUAAGUGAAUAAAUGAAGAGAUCUGGAAAUGUGAAGUGAUGAACAGGAAAAGUAUGAUGAAAUGCUGAAAAGUAUGUUUGAUGAAAUUUGUGUGUUUGAGAAGGAUAAAGUAAGACAGUUUGAUUGAGGAAAUGUGAAAUUGUAUCAUUUUGUCUGUGAAAUGGAAGGAUACCUUUGCAAGUAGGAAAACUGCUUAUGGGAUGUAGUCAUAGUUGGGCUUAUAUUUGGUAUGGACCAUUUUAUUGUCUUUUUCUUUUUGUGUAAAAGAAAAUUUGUUUAGGUUUUGCUUGGAUGUAUCUUCAUAAGUCAAUAGCUAUCAUGUUCUCAUACUUAAUGAUGGCCUUGACAUGUUAUUGUCUAGUUAAUUGUGCACUAACAUUUAAUUUGCCCUACUAAUCUAAAAGGCCUGGAGCCUAUCUAUUAAGUAACACUACUAUAAAUUCUAUUCUGAAAUCUAGAUUUGUAGGAACUAUAAUUUUAAUGAAAGGAAACUUAUAUUUUGUUGAUGGUGUUAAUAGUCUAGGAGUCCAAGCAGGCCAAGGACUCAAUUAAUUAAGCCAGACAAAAUAAAUGUAAAGGUUGAUGCUGUGGAUGAAGAUAUUAUUGACUUUGUCAAAUCUAAAGUUCUUUUGCUGGGCAAAGACAAGACUUAUUUUAUAUAAAUUAAAAUUAAAUUAAUUUCUUUUCAUUGGCAA